CUAGCGGCCCCUUGACCACCACCUGCUCCACCGCGAGUACGGCAGAAGAUCCGAUGUGGCUGUCAUGUCCUUGCGGCCGUGUUGGCACCGCAGGAAGUGGGAGAGGAUGAGCAGAAGCCUCAGACGGUUGGCGGGAGGGGGAAGGGGGUCGGUGUCCUUCUGGUCGCCGUUGCGGUUCUCCGGGUGGUGUGUGGCUGCUGCGAUGGCCUGCUGCUCUAGGCGGCUGGCUUGUAUGUCGGCUAUGUCUGACAAGGGCAGCAGGGAUGUGGCCGCGAAGACCAGAUGUCUGUUUGCAGCCAGAAACGCAGCACACAGACAUGGUGAGAUUGCUGAGGGAGACGGGAAUGGCUUGGUGUGGUUGGUGUGUCACCUGAGCUGCCAGAGGUCAGGUCGCCGCUCCGUGACGUCCAGCAAACGGACCAAACACUCCAGCCACUCUGACCGAGGGAUCACACACAGUGGAAGACAAUGCAAUGCAGACUAGGCGACAUUAGGACCACGUUUCUUCUCACCUUCUGAUGCUCCGGCCGCCUCAGGAAGUGCACAACUAGCACUACAUCCAAUGUCACCGAUCAGCGGCUCUAGAUCACGGCCAUAGUCACUCCACAGGCCUCUUCUGCGGCCAUGGCCAUAACGAGAUGGCACCGGCAGCCGCUGCUGCCGCGGCGCACGCCAACACACGUGCCAGUAGCUGUUGUCGCUGUCACCCUCCCCCUCUCCCCCUCCCUCUUUCACCACUUCCCUCUAUCUGCAUCUCGUCGGCCAGGAAGGACGCACACCCCCACACAAAGCCCGCCAGACCACCCUUGGCCGCACACGCCUCCUGCAGACCGUCCAGUGCUGACAAUGCCUCACUGUGGGUAGGGGGGACGGCUGGAAGGGCUUCAAGAAGGCUGACGGUCUUGCGCAUGGCCUCUGUGAAGCGGAUGGCGGUCGGGUGCAGCGGGGGCUCUCCCUUGUCAGCUGUCUUGAGGCUAGGCUGCGUGGUGGGGACGGGUGGGGCCGUGUGUCCCUCCACUUCUUGACCACAAACUGAAUCUUGUUGUCGAGCAGGGGCGGCAGCUAUGCAGGGGCGGUAGCUAUGCAUUCUCUUGUAUGGACGAGUCCAUGGAAUGGCCGAUGGAUGGUGCAGAACGGCAACCAGCCUCACUCAGGCAGACCGGACCAAUAGUAGAGCAAUGGCAGAGAGGAAAGGCCCAGACACGCCAUCAAGCUACACAAACACACACUGACAGCACAACCGAAGAAACCUGUUUCCAUUCCGUCCCUCUCUCCCUCUCUCUGUCUGUCUGUCUGUCUGUCUGUGUGUGUGUGUGUGUGUGUGUGUGUGUGUGAGGCUCACCGAGGCACACGAAGGUUACGAUCAAUGGCGGCGUGCUGCUCGAUCCCUCGACUCCCUUCCCCAGCCGCGAAACCCGCCCCGCCCCACCUCCAUCUCCUCCCACUGUGGUGCUGCUGCUGGGUCCUCCUGCUGGUGCGGAUCGGCCGUGACCUCUCCUCCCCUGACCCGCCUCUUGUACAGCCGCUCCCACACAGGCUCCGUCCGGUCUUGGGCCGCCACAAUCCUCCGGGUGCCCGACACACCCAUGGCCGCUGCUCGUCCGUCGUCUCCACCGCCUCCUCCUUCUGGGCGGUGCGGAGGGCAUACAGCCGCUCGUGCACCGGCCCCUCCCUCUGGAUGCGGCUCGCUAUGCGGGUUAGCUGCGGCCUGAACGUACAGCCCGCUGGUGGGUGCGCGGGGGAGGGUCUGGAGGGCUUGGGAAUGGCGGGCUGCUGCUCAGAGGGGGGAAGGGUGCUGGCUGUGGUGGGCUGGUGGUGCAAUGGGGGCCUGGUUGCGCCCGCGGCCGUCUGCUGCCGCUGCUGGUCGUCCUCCUUCUCCGCCUUCCGUGCCGCCUGCAGCAGCUCCUGCGCUGAUGGCCUCUCCCCCCUUGGCUUGGCGAUGGCGGCGGCGAGCAGGGUGGCGAGAGGGGCUGGGAUGGUCGGGGGCACCUCGAUGGGCUCGCCAACGUCGUCCGCGUCACCGCCCUCGCCGCUGCCUCGGCUGAUGAACCGCCCCCCGACGACCUCGAUUAUGGACUUGGCCGUCAUCCACACGUCGCUGCUCGCGUCCAUGAGGUCAUCGGGGGCGGUGUCGGGG